UGUAGAAGGGUUUGUUUCGUACCCUGCUUAGUGUGACUAUGUAGGGCUCAUGGGAGGAUUUAGGAAGCGGCUAAUUUCACCGCGCUUUCUACCUCUAUUUCUCGUUGAGAUUUGCUCAAGCAAGGUGGUAGGGACGUGUUUUGGUUUUUUUUUUUUUGUAUUUUAGUAUACAGUUAGGUAAACCAUGGCUACCGGAGAGCCCAAAAGCAAGAAAAUGAAACUUGAGGAAAAGACGGUCAGUCAAAAUGCUCUUUUUGGCAUGGGAAAUCCCCUACUGGACAUGUGUGCUGUGGUGGACAAGGAUUUUCUUGACAAGUACAGUCUCAAGCCAAAUGACCAGAUUUUAGCAGAGGAAAAACACAAGGAAAUGUUUGAAGAUAUAGUCAAGAAGUUUAAAGUGGAGUACCAUGCUGGCGGUGCCACCCAGAACUCCGUGAGAAUUGCCCAGUGGAUGAUUCAGAAGCCCCACAAAGUGGCCACCUUCUUCGGCUGUAUCGGCAAAGACAAGUUUGGAAAGAUUCUGAAGCAGAAGGCAGAAGAGUGCCAUGUGGACGCCCAUUACUACGAGCAGAGCGAGGAACCGACAGGGACCUGCGCAGUCUGCAUCACUGGAGACAACAGAUCUCUUGUUGCUAAUCUGGCAGCUGCCAACUGCUAUAAGAAAGACAAACAUCUGGACCUGGAGGAGAACUGGAAGCUGGUAGAAAAAGCAAAAGUCUACUAUAUUGCUGGUUUCUUUUUGACCGUGUCCUUGGAGUCGGUCCUGAAGGUGGCGAAGCAUGCCUCGGAGAACAACAAGAUCUUCAGCUUGAACCUGUCUGCUCCCUUCAUCAGCGAGUUCUUUAAGGAUUCCCUAAUGAAGGUCAUGCCCUAUGUAGACAUCCUGUUCGGCAACGAGACGGAGGCUGCCACGUUCGCGCGCGAGCAGGACUUCAAGACAGAGGACAUUAAAGAGAUUGCCAAGAAGGCCCAAAGCUUACCCAAGUCAAACAAGAAAAGGCAGAGAAUCGUGGUGUUUACCCAGGGCAAGGAGGGCACAAUAAUGGCCAAAGGCGAAAAGCUGGAGAUGUUCCCCGUCAUAGAGAUUGACCAGAAAGAUAUUGUGGACACCAAUGGAGCUGGAGAUGCGUUUGUAGGAGGUUUCCUGUCUGAGCUGGUGCAGGAUAAGUCUCUGGAGCAGUGUAUCCGAGCUGGACACUAUGCUGCUAACGUCAUCAUUAGACACUCAGGCUGUACAUUUCCAGAGAAGCCUGACUUCCACUGAGAGACGAGUGAACUUUGCCACCCCAGUGUUAUGGGAAUGAUGCCUUCCUCUCAGUGUUUAAUUGACUUUUUUCCUCUUCCUUUGGUCCUGUGUUCUCUCUUUUCCUUCUCACAUUCAGACUUCUGUGCCUCUGCCUCACAGCAGCCAGUCCCAUAGCAUGAUGCAAUCAUGCAGACCUUUUACUUAAUAACAAUCUAAUGUUUACAACAGAAGCAACAGACCUUUCUAUAAAUAGAAAAAUUGUUUUUACUAUAUAUUUUUUUUUAUUUCUGUUCCCUGUACUUCAGACAUACACAGAAGUCAUGUGCAAUGAUAAUGACCACUUUGUCUCUAUCUGAGCAAGACAGAAUUGUGUAGUUUUUUUAAACACCUGCCAGAGAAGCACAGCCUUAAUGUCUUGUUUUGGAGGGUUGUGGGUUAUUUUAGUUCAUUUCAUCAAGUGUUUUUAAAGGCCAGUCUCGAGCUAUUUUGUGCUCACUUUUAAUUUUGUUAUAAUGACGAACGAAUAUGCAUGCAUGUGUGUAUAUGUGAUGUGUGUGUAUAUGUGGUGAUACAUCUACACAGUCUCUCUGACUGACAAACUGACAAAAUUAAAAUGCAUUGCCUUCAUCACAA